AGGAACAGGUGGUGGUGGAGACAAAGCUGAGAAACAAAAAGAGAAGGUAGAGUGACGAGAAGUAACCAGAGAGGAGAAAAGAAGAUUCGUAUGAAUUAGAGUCUGACAUGGGCGAAGGAAUGACACUGAAAGGGGAGUUUCACAGGGCCGGUUAGUUCUGCAUUACACGUUGCAACAGAGUGCGAGGGCAGGAAACAGAUGACACACUCAAUGUUUGUGCAUCACACUGAUACCAGAGACAGAGACAGAGGAAAGAAAAGAGAUGGUUAACCACAGCACACAGAGAGGAGAGGCUGAAACUCUCCGGGCUGGAUAAGUUCAGCAAGUUAACCAAGAAGAAACAAGGAGAAGCUGAAAGGACACAAAAGGUGGAGCGCGGAGGAUGACGACGACACAAUGCAGAAGUAGAAGAUUAAAGAUCUUUUUAAACAAAAAAGAAGAACAACGGAGAGAUCCAAACGCAACGCAGAGGGGGAAAAAAGGAGUUUAAGAGGAGGAGGAGAGAAGAAGAGGAGUAAAAAGAAGAAGAAAGUUGAUGACAAGAAGAGUAGACGAGCAGAGUUAGACUGAGUAGAGGAGGAAGCAGAACGUCAGAGAGAACGGUGAGGGAAGCAAGGAGGAGAGGAAAUACAAAAGGGCAAGAGAGGAGAGGAGGCAGACAUCGAGAACAGUGGAGCAAAUAGGGAAGAGGAGAAAGAAGCGGUGAGAGGCGAGGAAAGGUGGAGAAGAGGAGGGUGACCUGCACAUUCGCCAUGGAGGAGGACAUCAGGAAACAGGGGAUGCUCUACCUCCAGCAGCAGAGGUUUGGAAAGAAGUGGAAGCGAGUGUGGAGCGUCCUGUACAGAGAAAGCUCCUGUUCGAUCUCCAGACUGGAGUUCUUUGAGUGUAAAGACGCAGGAACUAUGGAGAAAAGUGACAAGAGUCUGCGCAAACAGCAGGAACACAAGAAGGUGAUCCGUCUGGCGGACUGUAUCCGGGUGUCUGAGGUGGAGAUGGACGGAUGUCCCAAAGAUACGGGACCCUUCCUGGUGGAGACCACAGAGAAGAUCUAUGUGUUCGCCGCAGACAGAAACCAGGUGGACGAGUGGACACACAAACUGUGUGAGAUCGCCUUCCCUAUGAGUUGGAUGGAGCACGGCGGGAAGCGAGGCAGCCUGCAGAGAGGAAACAGGGUGGAUGAAGAUGAAGGAAUGGAGGACAACUCACUGUACAGUGGCAGAGAGACAGUGCGUGACUUCAGAGUGUGUGUUCGGAGGACGGAGGCGUCUGAUCGCUGCAAACUGAAAGGAGACAGAGUCCUGCGAGUGGACAGGGACACUCUUCACCUGCUGGACAAGACAGGAGACGUCGUGUACACCUGGCCCUACAGAUUCCUGCGCCGCUUUGGACGAGACAAGUUCACCUUCUCCUUCGAGGCAGGCCGCAGGUGUGAGUCCGGCGAGGGGAGUUUCGAGUUCGAAACCAAACAGGGGAACAUCCUGUUUCAGGCCGUGGAAGCGGCCAUCAACCUGCAGAGGAUCUCCCUCCCCCACAGACAGACCUCCGCGGGGGGCCAGCUGAGUCCAGAGACCCCCCAGAACACGAACCUGCCCUCCCUGCCCUUCAACAUACCGCAGGCCCAGAGCAGGACACCACCGCCGCCUCAGUCCCGCAGCCAUAUCCCACAACCCCCUGCUGCUCAGGCGGACGACAGUGUGUACAGCAUGGUAACCGAACAUCCAAGUCUUCAGAUGAGUCAUCACAAAGACAAAGAGAGCUCCACUCCUUCACAACAACAGCGCCCCCAGCUGUCUCGUCUUGAGCCUCCAGUCGACAAAGUGUUGACCGGGGUGAAGAGUUUGACUCUGGACGUUCGCGGCGACCCCGUCCCCCGUAAGAACCAGGUCAAGAUGAUCUCCAGCUGCCCUCUGCCCCAUGCCGAGCCCGGCCCAAACCCGGCCCCGGGGCCCAGCUCCACCCCCACUCACAAUUCCCGCCUUAGCCCCAAACUGAGCUCCAGCCCGAACCCGGAGAAGAUGUACUCCCAGGUCACCAUGCCGCCCACCGGCGAGCGAGGCACCAAGAGGGAGAGGAAGGAGCGAAGAGGCAGUCUGGUUCUUCCCUGCACCCCCCCUCAAAUCAGCCCAGAGCCAGAGUACUCCCUCCCCUUUGACACCAUCGCCAAGAAUGUCAUGGCGGACAUCCUGAACUCCCACCAGGCUCGUGUCUCUGAGUCCAGUGCCGAUCCGCUCUACGACAGCAUAGACGAGAUGAAGGUCAGAAACAUCGUCCCGAGCGAAGUCAACAACCUCGGACCGACGUACGGGAAGGUGGAGCACAUCUACGACGAGCCUGAAGGCUGCGCCGCCGCUGCCGGAGAGCAUAAGUCCACUCCCCCCACCUCGGUGUACGAUGACCCCGAGGAGAUGAGAGGAGGUGCCUGGAGGAUCAUGGGUACAGCUGCUGACCCCAAAGGUCACGAGUACCCGUACAACCCCCGGGUGGACGACUACGCCGUGCCCAAACGACCCCAGAGGGCGUUUCUUGUUAAUCAAAGCACCAAUAAAGAAGAAGACGAAGAGGACAGGGAGCAGAAGGAGGAGGAGGAGCAGAGGGAGGAGCAGCGGGACUCACUAUACAACAACGUCGUGAUGAAGAUGGUGUAGAGACAACAGGAGGAGGAACAGCACACGUCCAACAAUAAUCUCUAUGUGUUGAUUCAGGGACCUGACGUGAUAAAACUGCUGCUUUUCGGUUCUGUGUUUAAGACUUUACAUAGAAAACAACCGGCGUGGGUGUUUUGACGUGUAUCAUAGGCUUCUCUGCCACAAGAAGCACAACCAUCACGUGCCACAGAAAAUGAAUGCGAUUGUGAGCGAGGCUUGACCUCGCACCGCUGCUUUGAGUGCUCGUGAUUUGGACGAGCUAACGCUCUGCAGCAUCUCUAACACGUGGCGGAGUAAGGUCCCGACAUCCAGUACAGGUGUGUCUGUGAUGUGCCCGAGCAGAGCGCUGCUACUAUCUAUUAUUUUCCUUAUUGAUCAAUCAAUCGGUAUAUAAUAUGAAAAUGGUGAAAGAAAAAAAAAGCCCAAGUCAUUUUCUCAGAAUCCAAGUUUAUGUCUUCACACGUCUGACCAGCAAUCAAAAACCUAAAGAAAGACGGUUUACUGGACUAGGAAGCGAUACCCGAGACUUUGGACGGUGGUUUUGUCUGAAUAAUGCAGAUAAUCGGAGACUUGGCAACGGAUUCUCUGUCAGUCGAUCAGCGCUACCUGACACAUGAACCCGCUGAUUCUGUGUAGAGAGCUGAGAUUCCCAGUGUUGAUGCGUCUGCUCUGUAGAAAAGCAGCGGUUUUAUCAGAUUCUCUCCCUGGAAAGACCCAACGUGGUACCGGCUGCCUCUGUCCGUUUGGCUCUUCUGGCGCGUGCCUCAGGUGUGAGCUGAAGCACAGGUGAUGAGAUGCUACCUGACACAGCCGCCUUUACUGUUUCCAUCGGUGAAGGUGCAGUCAGACUGAAAUCUGCUCCCACUUCAUUUCACCAAGAUUUUUUUGUCAUCGUUAAUCAUCAUGAUGCUGCAGCAGAAACUGUCCCUGCUGAUGCGUUCAAGGACGCUCCAACGUCUGAGCUUUGAAAGCAGCAGCUGAUCAGCUUUAACUUUUUUAAUACAAGACGUGAAAAGGACAUUUUCUUUCAGACAGCAUCCAUGUUUACUUUAUUCUUUGUUCUUUAUUUGGAACCACAUCAGCUUCCACCAAGCGGCCGCUGGUCUUCCUGGGCUGAUUCAAGACUUCAGCAGCUGCAAACGCAGCGCAGCUCUCUGCUUGUAUCAGCAUCGGCAUUUAUCUACAUGUCAACGUGAAGAUUCUGAAAGAAAGUUUGAUUUGUGAAGAAUUAUUUCCUACUAUUAUUUCAUGAAUCUGACCUCAGAUCUCCAGCAGGGAGAGUUUUUUCCUGCAGAGGGCAGCAGAGCUCACAGCAUGUGUUUGUUUUUAAUGUGUGUUUAUUAUUAAUGGUGUGUCAGAAACAUGAACUGUGAACAUCAUCAUCCUCCUCAUCAGAUCAAAUUAAACUGUUUUGGUUCUUUGAGUGAACUCAGACACUGUAACCAUUUCUGUGUUUGAUUUUAAGACUCAAACAUUAAUGUUUGAGUCUCUGUAUAAAACCUUUAAAAUGUUAAUCUUGAGAGUGUGUGUGAUGCAUUAAAGAUGUGUGUUGUGUGCUUUUCCUCUCUGAUCUGUGUACAGAUGUUUUCUGAACAAACAGCCUCUAAAUCUGAAAUAAAU